AUGGCUCCUGGCAUUGCGAUGCCAGACUCUGAGUCUCGUUCGUCGGGCAACAGCUUGGAGGUUGCGUCGCAAAUCUCGUAUACCAGAGACGAUGACUACUCAAGCUUCAUGAGCGAUGUUAUGGUAGUUGGUGCAGGACCAGCCGGUCUGAUGCUUGCCGACAACCUGGUACGAUAUGGCAUCAAGACGCGCAUCAUCGACGACCGACCCGACCGCACCUCGACCGGACGCGCCGACGGAAUCCAACCAAAGACGAUCGAGACUUUGCGACAGAUGCGCCUUGCCGAGCCGUUACUGCGACAGGGUGUCAAGAUCUAUGACAUCGCUUUCUGGAAGUCGACGGCCGACAAGUCGCUUCACCGCACUGGUCGGGAGAUUCACUACCCACCGGUAGUCGACUUACUCGAUCCAUACAUCUUGCUGGUACACCAGGGCAUGGUCGAAGGCGUCUUGGAAGACGACCUACGGGAAAGGGGUGUCGUCGUUUCCAGGAACACGGCUUUCGUCGACUUUGACUACACACCCGUGUCUAUCCGUCCACUGACGGUCAACUGUCAGCAAGACGUCAGUCACACCAAGAAGACCUUCGCCACACGGUACGUGGUCGGCUGCGACGGAGCUCACUCAAAAGUGCGCCAUUGCAUACCUGGAGCGACACCUGUGGGCUCAUCAACCGAUGCCGUCUGGGGCGUGCUCGAUGGUGUCCUCGAAACCGACUUCCCUGAUAUCUGGAGCAAGGUGGUCAUACAGUCAGACGCUCUAGGAUCUGUCUUGAUGAUCCCUCGCGAAAGAGGUCUAACCCGUCUAUACAUUGAACUGCGGCCGGAUUCGACGGAGGCAGUGGGAGCCCAGCAGACUACACAAGAGUUUGUUCAAAAGCGGGCGCGGGCUAUACUACGCCCAUAUCGACUCGAGUGGAAGACUGUUGAGUGGUUUGGACGCUACAAGAUCGGACAGCGAGUCGCAGCGCGUUUCACUGACCACGAGCAACGAGUGUUUAUUGCUGGCGAUGCUAGUCACACUCAUUCUCCCAAGGCGGCGCAGGGCAUGAACACAGGGAUGCAUGAUGCGUGGAACUUGGCCUGGAAACUCAACUUCGCGACGCGCGGCCUUGCGAAGCCUGCUCUUCUCGAAACGUACGAGCAGGAACGACAGAAGAUUGCCAAAGAUCUGAUCGACUUCGACUACGAGCACGCCAAUGCUUUCCACGACGGAGACCCGGUAGCGCUUGCGGCAAACUUCGCGAAGAACGUCGCGUUCAUCUCUGGCUACGGUGUCAGCUACGACCUCAAUACUCUCAACGUGCAAGCGAAGGGUUACAAUAAAGGGCAUUUGAAGCCGGGCUACCUGCUGCCACCUGCGAAGGUCACACGCUACAUCGAUGCCAAUCCGGUCGACAUCCAGACCGACAUACCCGCUCUCGGUCAAUUCCGCAUCUACUUCUUCACCCAUAAUGUUCCUGCGUCCAUGCCCUUCUUAGAGAACGUGUGCCAUUCACACAUAGGAAACAACUCAUACGUCGGCCGUGUAACAGCUGCUGGCAAUGCCUCAUACACCAUGCAGCCACCUCUCGCCGCACCCCACGACCAGUUUGUCUUGCCCGAGCGAUACACUCCCGUCAGUGGUGUCUUCACGUAUGCCUUAGUGACCGACGAGGAUCGCAACAACUUCGAAAUUCGAGACCUACCAGCCGUACUUCGCGAGUCGGCCUUCACAUUAUACCUCGACGAUGUUCCAGACAAGGACACUCGGAAACAGACAUGCAUGGACAAGUGGCUGGAUGGUCUUGACGAGAAGGAAGUCGUUGUUGUCAACGUCUACCCUUGCUUCGGUGCGCACCUUGCCAUGCCAGUCGAGCAGCAGAAGGACGUCACCAUGAUCGAAGAAAAAGGUCGGAGGCUAUCCGGAUCCAGCACCUCAAAAGAAGAAGCUGGUAUAGUCAUUGACACUUUCGAUAAGAAUAUCGAGAGCGCCUAUGAUCAUGCAGUCCGAAAGCUCGACUUCUAUCUGUUGCCAUUCCUCUCGCUGAUGUACUUCUUCAACAGCGUUGACCGAUCGAAUCUGGGUAAUGCGAAGACAGAUAGAAUGGACAAGGACCUUGGUUUUACCGGCGAACAGUAUAGCUUGUUGAUCUUGCUAUUUUACAUACCGAACGGAUUGUGCGAUCUUCCACUGAACAUGUUGACGAAGAAAUGGAGUGGCAGAGUUAUGCUUCCGACUUUGAUGGUAGGGUGGGGCGCGAUGGCUCUCUUCCAAUGCGCAGCACACAACUUCGCAGGCAUGCUCGUCAUUCGCCUCCUCCUCGGUGCUUUCGAGGCCGGGUUCUUCGCUGGCGUCGUCUUCUACCUCACGCUCUUCUACACGCGCGGCGAACUCGGCUUCCGCAUCGCACUAUUCUUUGGCAGUGCACUUCUUGCCGGUGCUUUCAGCGGACUCAUUUCCUUCGGCGUCUUUCAGAUCGAGCAUACCAACAUUCCCGGCUGGAAAUUUCUCUUCAUCAUAGAGGGCGCUCUUACUGUGGUCCUUGCUUUGAUAGCGUAUGCCUGGUUACCAGCGACUCCCCAAUCGGCGUGGUUCUUGAACGAGGCUGAACGCAACGUAGCCGAGCGUCGUACACUGCGCGAUCUAUCCUCAUCCGGCUCCCACGAGUUUAACAUGCGAGAGUGUUUCAAGGAGUGGAACACGUGGAAGAUGCUUCCUUGGUGCAUCAUCGCCUUCACCUACCCUGUAGCUUUCAGCACGACCUCGAACUUUCUGCCUCAGAUCGUCCAACGCCUCGGAUUCUCCGUCAUCAAGACCAAUCUCUGGACCGUAGCGCCAAAUGCGGUGGGAUUUGUCGUCUUGCUCUGCAUAACGUACAGCAGCGACUUCUUCCGCGAACGCACGUUCCACAUCUGCGGCGCUCUUUGCAUUUCUCUCGCCGGACUCAUCGUUCUCGCAACCAUCGACGUUCUCAACAACAAAGCCGUCGCAUAUUUCGCUUGCUUUUUGUUAUGUGCAGGCGCGUACGUACCUUCCUGUCUCGUACACUCUUGGCACAACAACAACAAUCUCAAUGAGAACGCUCGCGCUGCUACGACCGGCCUCAUGGUCGGACUAGGCAACCUUGGAGGCAUCGUCUCCGCUGCGACCUUCAGACAGGAGUACGCGCCAAAGUAUCUGCCGACGCUUUAUGCAACUGCAGCUUGUAAUGUUACGUGUAUCUGCUUCACACUGUGGCUGGGAGGGUGGAUGAAGCUGGAGAAUCGACGGAGAGACAAGGUGCAAGGUGUCAGACUGAGGGCGGAUGAUGUUAGAACUAGCGAGUUGGGCGAUGGAGAAGAGAGUGAGAUGUGGAGAUACUUCACUUAG